AUGGCUCCUACCAGUACCAACACCAACUCUAGCAUCGCUUUGGCCUUGGCUGGAAUGACGGAGUCCGUCGACAUCCUCAAGCCGCGCGACAACUUCUGGGCCGGCAAAGACAGCUUCGCUACCGUGGCCGCAAGAUCUCUGCCGGUCAAGAAGAACACCGCCGGUCUUCCCACUCCUCCCAACUCCAUCUCUCCUUCCCUUCCUCCCCAGGCCUACAAGGGCCGCGCUUCUACUGGGCCUCUCACUCCUCCCGCUCCCACCCAUGUGGACUCCGAUAUCGAUCUUGAAGAUGCUGUCGAGCACGCCAAGGCUCAAGACACCCCCCGGCGUGGUCUCACAGCUCGCGGUCUCAGUAAACUGGAUGACUUGGAUGCGGUUGGAGCCAUCACUCCUGGCCUGCUUGCCAAGCACCACCUUCCCGCCAUCCUCCUCGAAAACGGUCCCCUCGCCAUCCGUCACGUCAUGGGCUACUUGACCACCUCCGUCCCAGGCUUCUCUGGUAUUCCUCCUGCGAAAGCAAGAAGACUGGUAGUGGGAGCUCUAGAAGGCCGCGGCAGCGACGGCCAGCAGGGUGGUAUCGAUGGGAACGUGAUGUUUGAAAAAGUCGGCUGGGGCAGAUGGGAUGCUCGGAGACGAGGACAACCCUCCCGAGAAGCCCGAGAAGCCCGCCAACACCAAGCGCCAUACCCCCAAGGCAGUCUCCGCAUACCAAUCACCAGCACGCGGCAAGACCGAACGCGAGAACAGACUUUUGCUGCCUCAUAUGAUGCCGAGAAGGAGUAUGACACCCCAAUGGAAGACGUCAGCGUGCUUGAACACGAAGCGGACAAGAUGUCCCUUGAUGGCUUGGAUGACUCCUGUUCUUCUUCUUCUCCUCCGAACACGAGGCAAAUCCCAGACCACGACCUUGGCGACGUCACCGACGAAGAAGACUGGGCCUCGAUCGGCGCCGCUGCAUUACGGCAAGGCUCAUACCCAUUAAGCGGCGGCCUGAUCCCUACGAAUCACCAACGAUACGCUCAACGCUUUAAUCCGAAGAGCAGAGGCAGAGGAGCAGCGGGUCGGCCACCGGUUACAAUGGCGAAGAGUAUGCCGACUACAAACAGAUUAAUGUAUAAUAAUAAACAGCAGCAGCAGCAAGCUGCUCAUGCCUUGAUGGGAUUCUCGCCUAUGCUGGAAAGCAGCGACGCCCAGGAUAGGGAGGCCGUGGAGGCGUUACUGAAGCUCAGCAGUGUGUGA